UUGAAGAACUCGUUGUACGAUGAAGGAGGCAGCUGCGGCCACUCCACUCUUCUUCUUCUUCUUCUUCUUCGCUCACAAGAAGUUGCAGCAAUAAACAUUUCACAAUCAAAUUACACACGUUCCCAAAGGUCAGCGUCAGCAACGUUUCUUUCCCAGUUUCCCUCCGCCAUUAACGCAUUCUGCUAUCAUCACUCCCUUUUUCACUGUUUUCACUCUUCCAAUUCUACUCAGAUCUGUGCGAAUUGGACUGCAAACAGUGAAAUCCCUGUUAUGCCCUCACCCUAAUAUCAGACAGACACUUCAUCAACUGCACCACCGACACUGUAGCCAAUACCCACGCCGCCGUCCGGUGUCGUCCUCCUCCGCUGGCACCAUUAGUCCUCUCGUGUCCCUCGACGGCAGCCUUCUCCGUCCAACGCCUUCGACCAGAUGUCUAAAGACAAUGACGUGGAAAACCCAACUACUAACCCAAGCAUCAAAGUUGAAAAGGAUGCCAAUCUGAGUGCUACUGCUACUGCGACUGUUGCUGAUGUUGAUAUCAAGGGAAAUUGGUACAAUGCUUUGUUGCAACAAAUCUCCGUGUAUGGUGUUGCUGCUGGUUAUUGUUUAUCUGCAUCACUGCUCUCAAUUAUCAACAAAUGGGCUAUAAUGAAGUUCCCUUACCCGGGCGCAUUGACAGCCCUGCAAUACUUCACUAGCGCAGCUGGAGUCUUUAUCGUUGGCCGGCUCAAGUUCGUUGAGCAUGAUCCGCUUGAUUUAUUGACAAUGUGGAGGUUUUUACCUGCUGCUAUCAUUUUUUAUCUCUCGCUCUUCACCAACAGUGAGCUGCUCUUGCAUGCCAAUGUGGAUACGUUUAUUGUGUUCCGGUCGGUUGUACCGAUCUUUGUCGCAGUAGGGGAGACUCUGUUCCUUCACCAGCCAUGGCCCACACUGAAGACAUGGGCAUCCCUGGCCACAAUCUUUGUGGGGAGUGUGCUAUAUGUUGCAACAGAUUAUCAGUUUACUUUCAUGGCCUAUAGCUGGGCGCUUGCGUAUUUGAUCAGUAUGACCAUAGAUUUUGUUUACAUAAAGCAUGUUGUGAUGACAAUCGGAUUGAACACUUGGGGUCUUGUGUUGUACAACAAUCUUGAGGCUCUACUGCUUUUUCCGUUGGAGCUGAUGAUUAUGGGUGAGCUGAAGAAGAUUAAGCAUGAGAUUUCUGAUGAGUCAGAUUGGUACUCUUUCGAAGUGGUUUUGCCAGUGGGAUUAUCAUGUUUGUUUGGUCUAUCUAUUUCUUUUUUCGGGUUUUCUUGCCGCAGGGCGAUUUCUGCAACAGGGUUUACAGUUCUUGGUAUAGUGAACAAGUUGUUGACGGUGGUGAUUAAUCUGGUAGUUUGGGACAAGCAUUCAACAUGGGUGGGAACUGUGGGACUUUUGAUUUGCAUGCUGGGUGGGAUUAUGUAUCAACAAUCAACAAGUAAGCCAAAGGCUGCAAAAGAAGCAACUGCACAGGAAGGUGAGGAGGAAGAACAGAAAUUACUUGAAUUGCAAGACAAUUCAGUGACCGACAAUAAUGAUAAUGAAGUCCUUAGUAAAUCAAGGGAAGAAAAAUGAUUAUUUUCAUGUAGGAAAAAUUUCUACGUUUCUUUUCAAGUGUAUGUUUAUUUUCAUAGGUAUCUGAUGUGAAUUAUAAUCUCAAUUUUCACAACUAUUAAUAUACAAUUCUUUACCAAUUCUGUUUCUUUGAA